UGACGAGACGUAACGUCACGCCCCUAGUAUCAAGCUAUUGACUUGAAUCUCCAAGAAGGAUGGAGGAGGUGGCAAGCCAGCUAAACGAAGAAGGGAUACAAAAGAAACUCACCAGUCCUGGAAGAGGGGAGCUAUCAACAUUUCCCGAUGGAACUAAGGUGGUGUUUCACUACCGCACCAGCCUGUGCGAUGGCACGGUCCUGGACGACUCCAGGACGAUGGGAGGGCAGAGCAAACCCAUGGAGUUAAUCCUGGGCAAGAAGUUUAAACUGGCUGUGUGGGAGAGGGUCGUCAUCACCAUGAGGAAAGGGGAGGUCGCUGACUUCACCUGCAGCACCCAGCACACUGCGCUGUACCACCUGGUGUCCCAGUCUCUGAGGAACAUCAGUGCGGGGAAGGACCCCCUGGAAGGCCAGAGGCACUGCUGUGGCAUCGCCCAGAUCCACUCGCACCACUCCCUGGGUUACCAGGACCUCGACGCCCUGCAGGCCAGCCCCCAGCCCCUCGUCUUCACCCUAGAGCUGCUGGAGGUGCUUCCUCCGGGGUCCUUCAUGCUGGACGUGUGGGCCAUGUCGGACAAGGAGAAGCUGGACGCGGUUCCACAGAUCCACGAGGAGGGGAACUCCCUGUUCAAGGAGGGCCGCAUCAAGGAGGCCUCGGAGAAGUACUAUAACGGCAUCGCCUGCCUUAAAAACCUACAGAUGAAGGAGCAGCCGGGAGAGGAGGUGUGGAUCAAGCUGGACAUGAUGAUCACGCCCCUCCUCCUCAACUACUGCCAGUGUCAGCUGGUCCAGGGGCAGUACUACGAGGUCAUCGAGCACUGCACAUCCCUGCUCUCCAAAUACGAAGACAAUGUGAAGGCGCUCUACAAGCGGGGCAAAGCCCACUCGGCCGUGUGGAACGAGGUGGAGGCCCGGGCUGACUUUGCCAAAGUGCUGGAGCUGGACCCCACGCUGGGCCCAUCGGUGGCCAAGGAGCUCCGGGCCCUGGAGGGCAAGAUGCGUGCCAAGGGGAGGGAGGAGAAGGACCGAUACAAAGACCUCUUCGGCGGGAACACCCAGACCGCCAGCACCUCCCCCGCUUGACUCCACCACCAGCCCAAACCAAGACCACGCUUGUGACUGACCUUUUGAUGUGGAGAAGCCGUGGACAUUGAGCGCUCAGUUUUUAUCCAUACACAGAACUAUACACCCUUCCACCUCCAUCCCUCCAUCACCUCCCCACACACAGAAACCCUUGCACUCACUGUAUGCGGUAUGCCUGCAGAACAAAGCCCCCCCCCCUUAUAGCCAACUCUAACCCAAAGCCUGAGAUAAGGGCAGUAGUUCCUGCCCUUAUCUUGUUCAUUUAUUAUUCUUCUACAUCAUGUCUUCACCGUUGCGGAUAUUCUUUCCAUCGCACUCACUUUUCCUCUUGUUUUGUUAUUCAAUUUUUUUCUUUCUUCUGUCUUACGCUGCGAUAAGAACCAGCAAUGAAUUAAUUAACCUUUUGCUACAUCCCCUUUAUUAGAUAAAACCUCCUUUAUUAGAUUUCUUAAUUAGUAAUCAACGUAUCAACCAUUACCCAAAGAAUUAGUAUUCAGCUGCUGCUUAAAAGAUGUCCUGUGCAUCAGUCAGAUUCCACAAGACGACCCAGUGAACAAUUGAAUACACAACCCUGGCAGUGUGAACAGCUUGUAGCUUGAAUCUUCAUAGAGGGAAUACGUAAGGAAAGACUUGUUAUGACUCUAGUGUCAAGACACUGUGGUAACAACAUAAUUACCUUGACAUGCUGAAGUGUUGGAAAAAAAGAAUGGGACUGUAUAUAUUUGUCCUCUUUGGACCAAAAUUGCACCGUCGAAUUGACAGAGGAAGGAACACGCUUAUAGACACACACGGCAAAAGCAGGAAACAAAGACAUAGUGUGCCGUCUGCCCUGGAAAACCCAUCACGUUGUCAUGACAAUCAUAUCUAUACCGACUCACGUAACUCUUUAUUUUUAUGUUAUCGUUGCCAUUUCCUUAUAAAGUGCUUUAUAUUUUGACUGUUCUUUGCAAAUACAUCUGUUAUUAUUGA